CGCGGUCGCGGCGGUGGAGGCGGCCGUGGCAGAGGCGGUGGUGGAGGAGGUGGCCAGCGACAAUAUGCCGACAAUCGAGUCUCCUUCAACGAUAUCGACAUGUCCAACGAGAAAUUCGAGCGAUUCUACAACACCAUCAACAUCGUACCAGCUGGUCCAGAACGAGAUGCUUUCUGGGCUGCUCUCAAAAAGGAACUGCCCAACUCAUUUCGUUUCACUGGAUCCAAAGGCCAUGCGCUGAGCGUUCGCGACAACCUCGUCAAUCGAUUCUUCCCUGUGAUCCGCGAGAUCAAGCAUGAUGGCCGUCCAGUCGAGCUUCCCAAGCAGAUGCCAUGGUAUCCAGAUGGUCUCGCAUACAGCAUGGCUACCCCGAAAAACGUCGUGCGCAAAUACGAACCAUUCAAAGAGUUCCAAAAGUUUUUGGUCAGUGAGACGGGUGUGGGAAAUAUCAGCAGACAAGAGGAGGUCAGUAUGAUACCACCAAUGCUGUUGGACGUUCAACCACACCACACAGUCUUGGACCUGUGCGCAGCACCUGGCAGCAAGAGCGCGCAACUGGUCGAACUCAUUCACGCUGGAGAAGAAGAUCGUGUUGCGAAGGGCAUCAAGCAGGCAAAGGAACAAACCAACGGUACGAAGAGCGCUGAUGAAGACUAUGGUCGGACGACUGGAAUGCUGGUUGCCAACGAUGUCAACUACCAGCGAGCGCAGAUGUUGGUCCAUCAGGUCAAGCGUCUCAAUUCGCCAAAUCUGAUCGUCACCAACCACGACGCCACCAUGUUCCCCUCAAUUGCACUACCAUCCGGUACCACUUCCAACGGACAGAAGUUGGGCAGGUAUCUCAAAUUCGAUCGCGUUCUGGCCGAUGUCCCGUGCAGCGGUGACGGUACCUGUCGGAAGAAUCCAAACAUCUGGAAGGACUGGCAACCGCAAAAUGGACUCGGUUUGUACAUCACACAGGUUCGCAUUCUCACCAGAUCAUUGCAAAUGCUGAAGGUCGGUGGUCGCGCAGUCUACAGCACAUGUAGUCUGAACCCUGUCGAGAACGAAGCUGUUGUUGCUUCUGCAAUCGAACGAUGCGGAGGCACAUCCAAGGUCAAGCUUGUGGACUGCAGUGAUCGCCUUCCUGGCCUGCUCAGAAACCCUGGCUUGACGGACUGGAGCGUCAUGAACAAGAAGGGCGAAAUCUUCGAGUCCUGGCCAGAAGCCGAGCAAUUCGAGGGCGAGGGCAGCAGACUGGUGCCUGGCAUGUUCCCACCCGGACCAGAAGAAGAGAUCCCUCUCCAGAACUGCAUGCGCGUCUACCCGCAGCAGCAAGAUACGGGUGGCUUCUUCAUCUGUGCCCUCGAGAAGCUGGGAGAGAUUCACGCCAAGCCUGAGGCAGAGAGCAAGUCUGCGAACAAGUCGUGGGCAUACUCCGCGCCGGAAGCACCGCAGACUGCUUUCACUGAGCUGCUCGACGAGGUCGCGAGUGGCUCAAAUCUUGAGCCAAAGACUGUCGCCAGCGGACCUUCCGACGAUGCUACAGCCGCCGAGAGGCAAAAUGGUACUGAGGACGUCACUGUAGGUGCAGGUGUCAAGCGCGUAGCGCCCGCCAGUGACGAUGAUGCGCAGUCCGCGAAGAAGCCCAGGCUGGGUGAAGACGUGCCAGAUCGUCUCGAGACGAGGCCUGUGCCGCCUAGUAUCGCUCUCAGUCUCGAGGCAAGUGGUGUUGACCCGGGAUCGAACUUGCCUGUGGCGACGGUCCCGCAACGGCGAAGAAGGGACGAAGACGGCAAUGUCGAAUCGUUCAAGUUCCUGGCGCCGGACCAGCCGGAGCUCUUGUCCAUCUACAAAUUCUACGAGCUGCACGACGCAUUCCCACGGGACCGUUUCUUGGUCCGCAAUCCAGCUGGUGACCCAGUAAAAGGCAUCUACUACUCUUCUCAGUUGGUCAAGGAGAUCCUCAUCGCCAACGAGAACCGAGGCAUGAAGUUCGUGCACGCAGGUGUCAAGAUGUUCAUGAAGCAAGAUGCACAAGGACAAGACAUAUGCAGAUGGAGAAUCCAAACAGAAGGUCUUCCCAUCAUCGAAGGCUGGGUGGGCGAGAAGAGAGUUGUGCACCUGACGAAGAAGAGCACUCUGCGCAAACUCUUGGUGGAGAUGUUCCCGAAGAUCGCGCUUGACACCGCCGAGGACGGAACACAAUCUGGCGGAUGGAUGGACCUCGGCGAGAUCGGCGAACAGGUCAAGGACUUGAGCAUGGGUUGCUGCGUACUCCGUGUCGAAGGUUCGCCGGACGCGGGCGAGGACGAGUUCAAAGAGCCUUUGACACUACCACUUUGGCGAAGCAAGGCCAGCCUGAACCUGAUGCUUCCCAAGGAGGAUCGCCGUGCAAUGCUUCUGAGAAUAUACAACGAAGAAGUCGAACUUAUCAACCACAGC